CUCACCGAUCGAGACAACAAAAAAAUUCGAGCAUUAAAAUCUGUCCUGGCCUGGGUCGUGCUAAUCAGGUGCUAAUCACAGCGCAUUCGACUCUCAUUUGCAAGGAAAACAAAGGCGUGUACCCAUGGAUGAUGAAUCCAAUCAGAGUUGUGUGUGUUUAAUGUUUUUUUGCACAAAACAUAAACAGAUCUGUUUCGGUCAUUUGACAUUAAAUAAAAAUGUAUAUUUAAAAGAGAACCGUAGAUAAAAUAUGUUUAAAGAGAUUCACUGGUAAAAAAUAUGGCUUCCUUUAUUAUGUGCCGACUGGCAUGAUGUCAUCGAUACGCGACGACGAGAGAAUGAAGUUUGUUGUCAAGUUGGACGUUUUUCUAAAUAAGAGAUGACUUCCAUUAAAAAUGCGUUAAAAAACAAUUUUGGGUUCGAUAAGUUCCGAUCCCAGAAGCAGGAGGACGUUGUUAAAGCAGUUGUUAAAGGUGACAGGGAUGUUUUUGUGUGCAUGCCCACCGGGGCAGGGAAGUCCCUCUGCUACCAGCUUCCUGCAGUGUUGGCUAAGGGUAUUACCUUGGUCAUAUCCCCUCUUAUCGCUCUCAUCCAGGACCAAGUGGACCACCUAAGGGACCUGAACAUUCCUGCAUGCUCCAUCAACUCCAAGCUCCCUGCAGGGGAGCGCCGUCUGAUCCUGGCUGAUCUGGAGAGUGAGAGCCCCAGGUUGAAGCUGCUUUACAUCACCCCAGAGAUGGUGGCCUCCCCUGCCUUCCAGCCCUGCCUUACAGGCCUGCUCUCCCGGAGCCUCCUCUCCUACCUGGCUGUGGACGAGGCUCACUGUGUCUCCCAGUGGGGGCAUGACUUCAGACCAGACUACCUCAAACUGGGCAGUCUGCGUGCCCGUCUGCCCGGGGUACCCUGCGUGGCGCUGACMGCCACGGCWCCCCAGAAGGUGCAGGAGGACAUAGCAAAGUCCCUGAGGCUGCGAUCACCGCUGUCCUUUGCCACACCUGUGUUUCGCAGUAACCUGCAUUAUGAGGUGGUGUACAGGGAGCUACUGGAGGACCCCUACAAGCACCUGCAUGCCUUCAUCAGGGAGACCCUGACCCUGGGGGAAGGCCCCAAAGGACAGGGUUGUGGAAUUGUGUACUGUCGGACCAGAGAAGGCUGUGAGACGGUGGCUUACCAACUGACUAAGCUGGGAGUCCUGGCCAAGCCUUACCAUGCAGGGUUGAAGGCAGGAGAUCGCACAGAGGCUCAGACUGAUUGGAUGCAGGGUAAGGUGCUUGUCAUUGUGGCCACGAUCAGCUUUGGCAUGGGGGUGGACAAAUCUAAUGUCAGGUUUGUGGCCCACUGGAACCUUGCCAAGUCACUUGCCAGUUACUACCAGGAAUCUGGGCGUGCGGGGCGAGARGGGCUGCCCUCUUCRUGCAGGACYUACUACUCCCCCAAGGACAGGGAGCAGUUGAACUUCCUCAUCCGCAAGGAGGUGGCCRGCAAACAGGCAAAGCGUGGCUCRGAGAAAGAUCAGGACAAGGCUUCCAUCACAGACUUCGAGGCCAUGGUGUCAUUCUGUGAGCAAGAGGGCUGCCGCCAUGCCACCAUCUCCAAGUUCUUUGGGGACCAGAAGCCGGACUGUGCGGGAGCCUGUGACUACUGUCGUGACCCCAAGGCUGUGCGGGCCCAGCUGGAGAAGGGGGCUACUUUGUGCACCAAGACUGGAGCAGCUCGGAGCACACAGCCCAGGGGCCCGUUUGGGUUUGACCGUGACCUCUACGCCGGGGGGAGGAAGGGCUACGGCUUUGAGAGGCAUGAUGAGGAGGGCUGGGAGAGCGGAGGUGAUGAUGAUGGCUCCGAACAUCGGAGGAAAGAGUUUGGAGAUCUCUUCAAGAAACAAAUUAAGCUGCGCAAGGUGUCUGAGGGACACACAGAUUCAUUUAUCCCCCCAGAUGAUAACUGCCCACUCAGGGAGGCCAGCAGCCAGAAAAUCCCCAGACUCACUGUCAAGGCCCGGGAGCACUGUGUGGCCCUGUUACAGGAGGCUCUGAACAACCACCAGGUGGCAGCAGCAGACACACACAGCUCUGACACACUCUCCUUGGCAGUGGAUAUUGAACAUGAGGUCUUCAAGAUCACAAAGUCUUCCAACCUGUACAAAGCAGCUGUCCUGAAGAGAGUAUCAGAGAUGAAGAAGGGAGGGGCUGCCUCUGCAGGAGGAGGAAGAGGAGAAGGGACCAGCGGCUCUGGGGAAUCCACAGAGAUAAAGACUGAAUCCAAAGACGAAGCAGCCUCCUCCUCUUCCUCCUUGACCGAGGAGCAGCAGGGCUUCACGCCCGCCUCACAGAUCUACUCACUAAAGCGGAAGAGAAUAGGAGCAGGUCUGAGGGGCUCCUCCAACCCCUUCCAGACUGCCAGUGAGCUGCUGAGGGCCUCUAACUGUGAGGGCUCCACUACAGGUCCAGGGGCCAACAGGGGGACAGGGAGCGGGGGCCCUGACUGCCUGGCUGGGUCUGGAGAGUCAGCCGGUGAGGAGGAGAGGGGGAAGAGGAAGGAGACAAAGACUGGAGAUACAGCACCAACCAUCAGCUCCUCCAUCAGAGCUAAAGCCAGUGCAGUCUCUGCCUUCCUGAACAGUCCCACCAAGACAGGAGGCAAGGCCCUGAGCAAGAAGCAGAAGCUAGCAGAGGCUGCUAAGAACUCCCGCAACAUUACCCAGUACUUUGGGAAGAAACCGAUUGAAAAGAGUCAAGAGGUGGAGAUAAGAACCAAUGAUGUGUUGUCUCAGGCCUUUUCAAUACCACCCCAGUCACUCCCCACUCAGGAAAUCACACCUGCUACUGMCUCCAUGGAUACCAUCCCUAUGGACACUAGUCCCAUGGAAAUCAUCCCCACGGAAACCAUCCCCAUCGAAACUAUCCCCACAGAAACCAACAACUUGGAUAAUGAUGAUGAGGAGGUUAAAGAGGAAGCUAAACUGGACUCUAUCACAGUGCAAAAUGCACAUGAAAACAAGGCUAAAUCGUUGCUAAAACUAAGGCUAUGUGAGGACAGUGAAGAGAGGGAGGCCCUCCCCGCAGCCAAGCGUAGCUGCCCCCUACAGGACAGCAGGAAGAAGGUGACCUUUAACCCCAAAGUCCAGGAGACUGUACUGGAGCCAGGGAGCCCAAGCAAAGCCCCCAAGCCUGUGUCUCUGAAGGAGGUGGCUGACAUCGUGGUGCGCUGUCUAGACCCCUUCUAUACGCAGGGCAAGUUUGCCACCAAGGAGCUAUUCAAGUCAUUUGCCCGCUACUUGUCUCAUCUACUAGCAGAGGGGAGGAGUAGGGGAAGAGGUCAAGUGAAAAUGCAGGCCAAGAAUCUGAUAAAGAAGUUCUUCAGCGGUGUGAAGCGCUGUGAGAGUGAAGCAGACUGGAAGCACCUGAAGGGACCACACAGCACUGAGACCMCUGAACACAGAGGGAUGGGAGGAGGCGGGACUAUGAACGGAAAGGUGGAGGAGGAUAACAACCUGGGGGUCUGAUCCCUUCAUCCACUCUCUCGCUGUCCAACUGAUUCCCUCCCUCACAUCUCUCCCAGGCCAAGAUACUGAGCCGUUACAGAGAUGAUAUGCUGCUAGGCUGUGUCAACUCCAGGCUCGUGCUGUCGUGGCGUGGAGAGCCGCUGUAAUGGCGGCCAUUAAACAUGUACUGUAUACAGCACGUCUGCUGGUGCUGCUAUGGAACAAUUAGUCAUCCCUGCUCAAUGCCGAACAGAGGUGGCUCUUUGUUUGAUGUUAGCACCAUGUGACUAGGACAUGGAUGCUAUGGUUUUACCAGGUCAAACCCUGCUGCUACCUGGUCUGUCAUUCUGCCUGACUAAAGAGYACACCCAGCUGGAUGUGUAACAGCCACACUCUAUCCUUGAUUGAUUUUAGAGCUGUAAUUUAAUGUAUUUUUGUUGUUUGUUUGUUUGUUAUUAGUUGUUUUCAUGAGAUUCUCAAUGAGAACUUUUGUUUAUGCUGAGGAAUCCCCAAAAAUAUUAGUUUUUUCUCUUGUCCAUAUGGUACAAAGUUAUCUUGUCUAAAAAGAUCAGAGCUGGCCACUCUGCCUGUGCUGGUUGGUGACUGGGUGGGUGCCUUUUCAAACAGUCAGUCAUUUCAAACAUGAUGGAAUCCAAAGAGCACUUGAUGCACCAAUGGGGGAAAAGCUCCCAGCCAUCACAGAAAUGUAUCCACAAAACCCAGCCAUCACACACUAUUGCUCCAUGUGAGACCUGUUUACAAUAAAAUCUCUAACACUGAA